GUGUGGAUAUUUUGGUCACGUGACCAGCGAUGCACAUAGAUGGCGACGGAGAGGAGAUUAGUAGCAGCUCGAAACCCGUGCACUCGGUAUUUCUGCUCUGUUGCGGCCCAUGAUCAGGUCACUGUUGUUGUGUGACACUAAGACUUGUGUCAUCAGUGGUUUGGUAGGGAUUCACUUCCUGGCAGAGAGAGUGUCUUUUACAUUUGGACAGUGAUUUACAAAGACAAUUAAAAAAUCAUGGAACUUGGACCAUAUGCUGCUGAAGUUGGUCUGACCCCAGAGUCUUUGCAGUCGGGCACGUUGACCCCUCCCGACAAGGUGAAGGUCGGCCUCGUCUUUGAGAUUUUGAAAUAUGCAAAGAGACUCAACGUCUCGUGUCUGCAGUCCGCCAGGUGGAUACUGUCGCUGUACCGAGACGCGAGGAGCGAACACGACACUGCUGAACGGCGGAAACUGUUGGAUUACGUUAGGAGAUCGGCAUCAAGGAAGUACAGCAAGCGUGAGAAAAUUAGGGGUCAAAAGCGUAAGGAGUUCCUCGACUCGCAGUUUGAAUUGCCGACCAGCUUACCCGCAGAGAGGGAGAACCAGUCCCCAGGGACCGAGGAGGAGCGCAGCCCAGCCAAGGGAAAAGUCGACAGCAAUACAAUAAUGGCGAAGAUAAAAGGACCGUACUCGCUUCGGCGAUCCAACCAGAGCUCCCUGGAGCUCAUGAUGGAAUGUGAGGAAGAUGAUUUGUCCCCGUGGCAAAUCGAAGCUUCCCGUCGGGCCCUGGAUGACUACGAGAAAGCAGUCCAACGUAUCAAAGCUGCAAAAGCCCGUCAAAUGAUACAACAGAAAGCAUCGUCUGUUACCACCCCAGCUUCCCUUCCUAGGAGUAAAUCCCCUGAUGUGAUCAUUGUUGGUGAGACGCCAGCGACCCGAGUUCCAAACCAGGUUCAGCAAUCGAGAAUGGGUUCGACACAGCUUCUGAAGUCCCAACUCCAUGCCAACCAAUUACAGCGCUCUUCUCUUUCAAACUCCAUGCUCACUGCCAACACCCUCAACAAAAACCUUGCGGGAAACAUGUCCCUCGGCAAAGUCCAGGGACAAAUGCGAAAACCUGGCGAAAACAGUUCCCUAUCACAGCAACACUCCCUGAUUUUACCAAAGGCUAUCUCUUCUUUGCUCUCCGCUGCCAAUCACAGACAAGUUGGAAGUGGAAACAACAGCAACAACAACAACAACAACAGCCUCAGCCAAAGCGAACAAGGGACCACCAGUGCUAACACGAUCGGCUAUGGCUUCAAGAAAACCGAUCCCUUGGACACAGCCUCGACAACACUGAAACGGUCAGCGGACACAGAUUCAGCCCAGUCCCCACCCAAAAAGAAGGUGCAGCGAAAAACUUCAACAGAUUCCUCUGCCGGAAACUGGGUCCCUCUGGACGAAUAUUAUUAUGGCAAAAUGGAAGGUGACCCAAAUUAUUGGGAAGAGAAAGGAGAACACAGAUUUAAGUGUUGGUAUUGUUCCAAGAUGUUGUACAACAACGUGCGCACAAUGAUGCACAUGCAGGGUCACAUUGACAGCGAGAAGCAACAGAAUCUUGACCUCAGUGACCUCACCCAGUGUAAACAUUGCUACAAGCAGUUUGAUACUCCUUUUGAAAUGCAAACUCACAUUGAGAAGGUCCAUAUGAACAAUGCCAACGUGCUCCUGUGUCGCAUCUGCGAGAAGGACCAUGACAGUCGACUUGCGUUAACCAAUCACAUGCGCCAGGUGCACACAGCGUGCGAGAUGCCAUAUAUUUGUCAAAUGUGCAAUUUCCGCUCAUCCAUGUACAGCGACGCAGUCGACCACUUCAAGAAGAAACACGACAGUUCUCCAUUCAUCCUGUGUCUGUACUGUUUGAAGAUAUUCCGUGUUAAGUUCGUGGCCAAUGGCUGGGGUCAGACCCAAAUGUACUACCACCACCUCCUAAAACAUCAGUCCAAAACGAAUUCUCGAAAAUGUCCCAUAUGUAAGUUGACGUUCUUCAAUUCUUUGGAAGUGAAGGCUCACCGGAAGAAGGACCACCAGUCGAACCAAAAGGGAGUAAUAGGUAUGAAUGCCAAGUACACGACCCCUGACCAAGUGAUGAUAAAGGUACCGGAGCCGGGCGUGGCUCCGACCAAAGACAAAGGGGUGAAGUCAUUGAAUGCCCCUGCACUCACCAAAGUUAUGGAUUACCAUGGAAUGAGGCUACCCGAAUACAUGGAGACUUAUAAAUGUAUCGAAUGCAAAGCCAACAUGAACACUGCCGGACAUUUCCGCAAAUACAUAGAAUGCUCCAUGUGCCGGUUUGCGACCAGCUGCAGCACUGCCUACGCUACACACAUGUUGGGAUUUCACUCAGGGCGACUCACUAACUUCAGCAUUAGUAUCCCCACUGAGAAACCGAUGGACGAACCCAUGUAUUGUUUGUGUGGCUUCGGGAGUCGCCUCGGCAACAAAAUUGCUAAUCACAUGGUAUACUGCAUCAAGAAGACUUGUUACACACAGAAACCAGACGUGGACUGGGUCGAAGUAGAUGACGUGGAUGAAGAAUCAAAUUAUGAUGAUCCAUGUCGUCGGCCGGGCGCCUCCAUUCUGGACGUUCUGGGAUUGGUGAAGAAGCAAACAUUAUUACCUGGCAUUUACAGGAGAUGUGGCCCACCAACAUACCCUCAGAGCACGAUGAUAUUGGGUGCCGCCCCUGCCAAGUCCACUGACUCUGACACGAAGCCGUCGACACAGAAGCUGGAGGAGGACAGCAACAGCUCCGCAGCGACAAACGAGUCGGCAGGACCCAAAGAUUCUGAUCAAUCCCAGAAUGCACAAAAACAGGAAGUACCGAAAGAUACACAGUCCACACAGACUCCGACGGAAGCUGCAGCUGAAAGUGACGUCGAUGCGGAGUUUUCAAACUGGAGGAAAGUCUGCUGUGAAGAAUUCGAAUUGGAAGCUGAGAAUAUUGAGAAACUGAUCAACCGAGACAUUGCUGAGGAAUGGACAGCCGAAGAAUGGGAGAAACUCCAGAAAGACUGUGCCACGUAUGGCUUUUGGUUUGCCAUCACUGACUACAUCUACUCGUGUGAGGACUACACUUUUGUUAAGAUCUUGCCAAGAAUAUUUGAGAAUCUCUUCUUAGAUCCUCCCGAAAACAUCUCUAACUUCUUGUCUCGAAUACGGCGCAGGUUGAAACGAGGUGGUGUCGAUUGGAUAAAGGAGACAUUCUUGGAGCCGCAGAAGAAUCUCGGCCCCCUCUGCGACAAGCUGGGCAUCACCGUUGAACUGUUACAGAAGGGCGAGAGCCCGAAUGUGCCAGCGUCGCAACUGUCGAAGGCUCUCGCCCUAGAAUUGCUCUAUUAUAAGAAAAGGCAUCCAACCAUGAGCUAUGCUGACCUCGCUGGUUGGAUCAAGUUGAUCUUCAAUUUCCCAACACUGCCCGAUCAGCGUGACCUCCACUUCCAACUGGAGGGCAUCCAUCGACUGAAGAACAAGCUGCGGGGCCACAAGACCGAAGUUGUUAAAAUGCUGAAGGAGCCAUUUGAACCUGUGUUCACCUCGUCCGACAUUGAUGUGGAGACCGACGGGGCGGCCACCACUGGCAGCUCCGACGAUGCCACCGGCGGCGCGGCCAGCUGCAGCACCGCAGGGACUGGGUCUGACAGCAACCUCACCGUGCCGGCUACGACCAGGGAGGAGGAGGAGGAGGAAGAGGAGGAGGAUUUAGAAGAAGAGGAAGACGCGGAGGAAGAGGAGGAGUUGGAAGAAGAAGAAGAGGAGGAGGAAGAGGAGGAUUUCUUUGUUGAACGCAACCAGGAUGGCAAGUGUCGGGUGUCGUCGUCUGACAACCCCCCUGAAGGGUCCUCGGACGACAGCUGCAGUGUCCCGGCCUUGGAGAAGAAGAGAGCCGAGAGUCCAAGGUCAGCAAAGGACACAAUGCUCCAAGAUGAUGAGAACACCAAUAUAUCAGAGCCGUCAAAGACACAGCUUGACAAAGAGGAUUCCGUCGAUUCCGUCAAACUGCACGACAGCACAGCCUCUGAGUCUGACCACAAACCUGCUGGACAUGUGAGAGCCGAUAAACUUGCUGAAGACUCCAAGAGUAGCUGUGACACUGCUGCUUCUGAGACCACCCUGACAUCGCAGACCAGGAAGAGAAACCAUUCCGAAACAGACACAGAGCCGAGCGAGGAGAAGCAGAAGGGUCCCACAAACCUGGAUCCGGUCACAAAGAAACUCUGUCCACAACAAACUGAAAAUGCAAAGAGUGAGGCUCCAGCUGGCCUGAAGUCUGGAACUGAUACCGAAGAGGCUAAAAAACCAAUAACUGACCAAGGAAUCGACUCUCAUUCAAAGCAAAGCGUUAAAAGUUCUUUGUUUGAUGAUGCCACUACUGCUGAUUUGACGAAGGGAUCUGUCGGAAUUGGUGAGAAGGGGGAGAAGAAAGGUGAGGUUAAGGUUACAAGUGGGACAGCGGAGAGUCCUUUGUCAUCAAAGGAGAAACCCCAAGAGAAAGGGAAGACGACCGAGGCAGUGACGAAAGAUACAAAGACGGCUGCCGGAGAAUCAGAUUCUGGGAAAACGGAUAGAGUUAAGAAGGCGCCGGAAGUUGAAGGACGGAAGUCCAAGUCUGCCGAGAAGCUGCAAGAGGUCUGCGAGAAGUUGCGAGCAGCACGAGGAGGAGGAGGAAGUGGCAGUGAUGUGGAUCUGUCUGUAGGUCGUAAAGGAAAGAAGGACGAAGAUGAAAAGGUUAUUCCGGAUAAGAAAAAGGCUGAACCUGAGGCUGGUGCAUCAAGUAAGAGGGAAGCAGAUUGCUCCAAGGAACUUCCAGCCGAUGACAGUGGAAAGAAGAGUCUGCAGAAAGCCGAACCCAAGCAGAAGAGCACAGAUCUGAAGGCGAAGCCUGCAGACAAUGUUCCAGACUCCAAGAGCAAGGUAGAAAAUUCUUCUGACACUGUUAAACCAUCUUUGAAGGCAUCAACUGUUACUGCUGAGUCUAAGUCUGUUGAGAACCAAUCCAAAGAAGAGGGGAAGAAAUCUUUGAGCAAGCCAUGUGAUGAUAGCACAAGGACCUCUCAACUAAAUCAAGGACCAACAACUCCCAAACAACCCCUUAAAGAGGACACAGAGAAGUCGUCAGAUAAGGCAGUUUUAAAAUCUGUUCCCGAUAAGAUUUCCAAGUCGGCCGAUUCCAAAUCUUCUGGCGAUAGUUUGAAAGUUUCCAUUCCGAAAGCGGAUGCCUCAAAGUCUGGGAAGGACUCUUCAGCAAGCGGUCAGUCAGCCGUGACUGGGAAAUCAGAACCAAAGAAAGAUAGCAACAAGAUGUCGGACGUCCAGACAGAUUCUGCAGACAAGAAGAAGAAUUUGUCCUCGAAAACUAAACUUGAUACAGAAACGACCAAAGUCGAGUCUCUGAAGACAGAGAAACCCAAAGAUUCUGUUCGUGGGGAGGGUACGGCAAAAGAUGAGGUGGCUUCUAAACUGCCUAGAACGGGGACAGGUGUAACAAAAGAAGAAGGAUCGCGAGGAGUUAAGUCUACUGAAGAGGAUCUGAAGUCGAAAGUAACGUCUGACCCUAAAGUUGUAGACAAGGCCAAGAAUGACCAAACUGGUGCGAAGAAAAUGUCAACCGAGCCUCAGAAGUUGAAGGAUUCUGGCAUUUCAAAAAUGGGGAGCAGUUUGAAACCUGGUGCUGAUAAACCUUCUGACAGCAAGGCUGAAGGAAUUUUGGCCAAGGAUGACAGUUCAAAGGGCCUCUCUAAGGCAUCUGAAAAGAAGAACAAUGAAUCUGGAGAUCAGAGUCGUGGAAGUUCGAAAGAAGGAACCCCUCUGAAGCCUGUCAGUGGUGAGUCAUCGUCCGUCGGAGCGGAAAAACCGUCUUCGGAUCUGAAGAAAGAAUCUGCUAAAAGUGAUGCCGCGACAAAGAAACCUGUGUCUGCUGAAGACGGAGAAAAGAAAUCAGAGAAGACCAAUGUUGUACCGGAAAGUUCCAAGACUCCUUUCUCUGUGAAAAGUAAGGAAUCGACCAAAGAUGUAUCAAAGGCAGAGUUAAAGGAAUCCAGUUCAGCAUCUGUCUCUUCGAAAACUGCUGACGAUGGUAGCCCUGGCACAAAGAAACCUGUUGCAGAAAAACCUGCGGCGGGAGAAAUAUCAUCGAAAUCUAAGGAAGAGCCUUCGAAGUUGGCUUCAAGAGAAAGUGUUCUAGCAGAGGCUGGUUCCAUGCAGGAUAAAACACUGACAAAGCUGACCACAACAUUAAUUAAAGAAAGCAGUCCUUCAGAGAAAUCCAUCAUUAAGCCAACUGAAAGUGCAUCCAAGAUCUCAUCUGGGUCACAGAGUAAACCCUCGCCAGAGGCCCCCGCUAAAUCUGCAGUGGAGGAGUCUCUGCCCAAAUCCACUUCAUUAUCAAAGAAAGAAUUAUCAGAACCAAAUCAAAAGCCUUCAUCAGAAGCCCAAGCAAGUUCUUUGUCAAAGUCACCGGCCAAAUCCUCGUCAGAGGCCUCAGCAAAGUCCUCGUUGAAGGUCCCAACUAAGACCUCGUUGGAGGCCCCAGCCAAGACCUCAUCGGAAGCCCCAACCAAGACCUCGUCGGAGGCCCCAGCCAAGACCUCGUCGAAAGCCCCAGCCAAGACCUCGUGGAGGCCCUAGCCAAGACCUCGUCGGAGGCCCCAGCCAAGACCUCUUCAGAGGCCCCAGCAAAGUCCUCGUCAAAAGUCCCUACCAAGUCCCUCUCAGAAGACUCAGCCAAGUCCCCUUCAGAAACCUCUGUCAAAAAAUCCUCAUCUGAGACCCCA